AUGACCACCACCACAUCUGACUUAUCAACAACGUGUAUCGUUCGUAUUAUCAUGAUGCGAGUGUGUGGGUGUGCUUUCUUAAUGGUUGCAUGCACAGCGUCUGCAUUGGCCUCCACCUUCGACGAUAGGAGUCUCACGAUCGAUGCAGCACCGAAUAAGCCCCAAAAAGUUGAGACCGAUCAAGCAGGCGACGAUUACGAGAAUCUUAACGAUGUGCUAGCUGCUGCCAUGGCCUCAUCCUCGAGCGGUCUUGAUAUCAUUAAUAAUCCCGACAAAAGAUUGCACAAUAGUGAGUUUGACAUCGAGCCGCAACCAACCCGAGCCCCCACGGAAGCUCCAGCUGUGGAGUCUGACUCGACUAGCCAAAGUGACAGCUUAAACACGAGCAGUGCCCCUCCCACCAGUCCCUCAGAGCCAAAUGUCAGCUUUGGUAACAUUGUCUCCACUGUGGCACCCAGAUCUCUCGCUAUCAUUUCCGCCGUCAUCUUCUAUGCGCUACAAGGCCGUGGGAUUGAAGUUAAAGCUAGUUACGGCUCUAACCUAAGUGCAUCGUCCGGCGUGCGUUACGCCCCGAACUCGAAUAGCUCCGAUGACCUCAUUAGCCUCGAUGAGAGCUUCACUAUGGAAAUUCACGCAGCCCUUCAGUCCCUAGUCGAAGACGGCAAUCGCACUGAUAUUAGUUUUUCUGCCACUUAUGACAGUACGCAGCGGCGAUACAUUCAUUCUGUAGCGCAAAAAUAUGGACUUUUUUCCAAGAGCUCGGGUAAGGGUGCUAAUCGCUUCAUCCACGUGGCUAAAGUAAAGAAAAAUGCGUCCAUGCAGAAAGUCUCACUUCGACUUCAGGCUGUACCACUUAAUGCGGCAACAGUCGAGUGGUUUCCACCCAUUGUACGUGCAUACAUGGAGAAUUAUCCUAUUACGGACGGUGCCGUGGAUCCCUUUAGCGCGAAAGAUCUCACACCAUUGGCAUCAAUUCCUAGAAGAAAUCGAGGAAGAGGCGGCGAAUUUACCUUUAAGCCACUAGCAAGCAACAAAACGAAGACCGGAGUCAAGAUACGAAGGACGCCAUCAAAUGAAACCCUUAAACUGCCAGUGUAUGAAUAUCGACAACAAAUAUUAGAACUUGUAGCAAACAAUCAACUUGUCGUGAUAUCAGGUGAUACGGGAUGCGGAAAGUCGACUCAGAUCCCGCAGUUUCUACUUGAUGACGCGUUGGCACGUGGCUGUGGAGAAGAGACAAGGAUUCUUUGCACGCAGCCUCGACGAAUUAGUGCCAUCUCGCUUGCAGAACGUGUGAGACGUGAACGCAUCGGACAAGAUUCCAAAGAAGUGGGUCAUGCUAUCCGAUUUGACUCAUCCUUUGAUAUGAAACAAUCGAAGCUGAUUUUUUGCACAACGGGUAUUCUACUUAAGUGGCUUCAGAAUGACCCACUUGCUCGAGGAUUUUCCCAUAUCAUUCUCGAUGAAGUGCAUGAGCGUGACCAAUUCACAGAUUUCUUACUAAUUUUAAUCAAGAUGUCGAUUCUUAAGCAAAGACCGGAUCUUAAGGUCAUUCUUAUGAGCGCAACAAUACAAGUCGAGAAGUUCUCACAGUAUUUUCAGCCGGAUUUUCCAGCGCCGACACUGCAGAUGGUCGGUGGCACAAAUUUUCCUGUCACGAUUUUUUAUCUUGAAGAUAUACUUGCGUUGCUUAGAAGUGAUCGAAGCUCAUCACUGCCUUUUAUGGAGGACUCGCGCUCCGGACAUAUUGGUACUGAACUUUGCUGGCAGGAAGUAAAUGGAGAAAAUCGAAGGAGUGACCUGGAUUGCCCUUUGUGUGGUGGUGUUACUUUUGCUGACGAAGAGGCAUUUGGAAUGCACGUAGCGACCUGCUUCGGAGAAGGAAUAGUGGAUUUUGACGCAUUAUCAGCACCGACGCAGAAACAUGUUUCUGUUUUCGUACCUGUUGCUGCUAUGGGAGAUACUUUACAAGGCGAGUUAAGUGAUGUUACCGAAGAUGCGAAGGUAACACUUCUAUCUUCGUAUGUGAAGCAGCUAGAUGCAUUAAAACAAGAUCAAGCCGUGGAUUAUGAUCUUUUACUGCAGCUGAUCUUCUUUAUUGACCAAAAGUUUCCGCUGGACGAGGAUGGAAAAGGAGCGAUUCUAGUAUUUCUACCUGGAUGGGAAGAAAUUUCUUAUAUGGAAAGAGCUCUGCUGGAUUCGCGAGCUUUAUUUGCUUCCAGCAAAUAUGAAGUGGCUCUUCUUCACUCACGCUUGUCCGCACAAGAACAACGUCGUGCAUUUAUGACGCCGCCACCUGGCAAGCGGAAGCUGGUCUUAGCGACCAACAUCGCAGAAACGAGUCUCACGAUUGAAGAUGUCGUUUUCGUGAUUGAUUGUGGCAAGUCAAAACAGACCCACGCACUUGCGGCAACUUCUAGCUCAUCGUUUGUGAUGGGACUUCAGACCACUUGGGUAGCUCGAGCAAAUUGUAUGCAGCGCACAGGACGUGCAGGUCGCGUGCGAGCAGGCAUUUGUUUUCGUCUUUUCUCCAAGGAACGCUACAAGACAGCGAUGAAGGACUUUAUGCUACCCGAAUUACUCACGACACCAUUGGAAGAGCUAUUGUUACAAAUAAAGCUACUUCAGUUGGAAAAGAAGCUCCACAUCAGCGAUGCUAAGGACUUUUUACUGGAGGCGAUGGAUGCACCGAGCCAGACUUCGAUUGAUGCGUCACUGCAUCGAUUAGAAGAUAUGCAUGCAAUCGUCAACAAUGGAAAAUGCAAACAGGCAUUGACAUUACUAGGUUGGCAUUUGGCACACAUUUGCGCCGGAGGUGUUUCAGUGCAAAUGGCAAAGUUAUUGUUGUGGGGCCAUACGUUUGGCUGUUUUGAAGCCAUUCUAAAAACUACAUGCACUCUGAGUGGAUAUCGCGAUCCAUUCAUUAAUUACCUUGGUAUGACACCCGAGGAACAGCGUCAGGUAAGUCGGUCAAAAAAAAUGUUUGCUCAAAAAGAUUCACCUUUCUCGUUUGCCGUACAAAGCGAUCACUUUGUGUUGUGGAAGGCAUUUGAUGCGUAUCUCGAAGUACAAGGGCAGUCCUCCUAUAAAUCAGUUGAUGCCUUCUGUGCUCGAAACAAUUUGCAUCGACAGACAUUGGAUCAACUGGUAUCUGUAUACAAACAGCUUCAACAAGAUCUAGAACGUUUGGGACUUUCUUCUGCGACUCAACUGCUGGCAACACCUGAGGCAAGCAUAUCGUCAACAAUGGAUAGCAUGACCAAGUAUUUGAUGGGACUUAGUGUCGGCAUGUACCCUAACGCGUUAUUUAAUUACUCAAGUGGUGUAAAUCGCAACUGGACUUCGAAAGAAAAGGUUAAAGUCAAAUUAGAUGGUACGUCGAUGGUUUUGUGGACCGCUGUAGACUCUAAAAAGGUUAAGCAGCAUGGCCCUGAUAAUAAUGCGGUCAGUCCACCUGAUGAGUGGCUGGUGUAUCAUGAGAUGAUACAGUCGGAGCGCACACGUCUUGCAAAAUAUGGCACCAGAUUACCAUCAGUACUUUUGCAGACGCUCUUGAUGGGUUCGAUGGAAACUCAGACGAUCGAAAAACAGGAUCUUGACAUACUUGACUCCGCUGUGGAUAAUAAAUGGUUAUUAGUGCUUGAUGACUGGAUUGUAUACGAAAUGAACACUAUUGAGGAAGUGCGGUGGGUCGCACUGCUGCGCGAGCGUUUAUAUGGCUCAUUUCUUCGCCACCUCGAACGUCUUCAUGACGAUGCUCAACAUGGUGGAGCCAAGGCUAUAUCGAAAGCAGAUCAUCAGCUUAAACAACAUGACAUAGACCUUCUCCAAGCUUUGGUGGCUUGGAUCUCUUCUGAUUUGCACAAUCGAUCAGUAGCGAGUGUUACAUGUUGA